AUGGCAAAAUACAGGACAGCAGAGGCUUUUUUAAUGACUUUUCUUGUUUUGAUCACAUUUUCCAUAUCACAGAACCAAGUGCCUCCUGUAGUGGACACAAGUUCACAUGUAGAAGAAAUCAUUAUUGAGAAUGGCAAAACAAGAAAUUGGUCUCACAGUGCCUCAGUACUAGAAAGCGUUUUCAUCCGUACAGCUGCUCUUCACAAGAGCAAGCCACAGCCUCAAGUUUCUCAUGGCCCACUGCGGUCAAGGAGAGGAGCACUGCCAAGUCGAACUAGAGCUUCUUACACACCAUUAAAUGUAACUGUCAAUGGAAAGUCAUGCAUCCUGUUCUGGGCUAAGAAGCUGGAGAUUAAACUGAAGGAUCACACGCAGCUUGACCUGACGGGCAGGAUCUUUGGACCAAAUGCAAAAGUGAAUCUGAAGAGCUCAACCUGCAGUGAACACAAGGCAAUGCUAGUUCUUAAACUUGGAGAUGUGGAGGAUCUGAAAGACUUUGUCAUCAGGCUGCUAAUGUCAAACACCUAUUACGAAUCAGCUGGGCAGAACUGGUUCAGCUUGGACAGCGUUCACAUUCUGUAUAACAAGACUUCAGAAGUGAGGUUUAAUGCCACUGAAAUUUAUGCACCGGCAACUUCUUCUUACCAUUGCCAGCAUGUCAGCAGCCUCCAAAAGUAUGACACAUUGUUGGUUCCAAGUACCCAGGCGGACGGGGCUACCCUUCAACAUGUCACCUUCACAGAUUUCCAGAUUCAAGCGUUCAGCAUUCAAGAUGGGCAGUUUGCAUCAGCAACUGACUGCGCCUCCUUCUUCACGCCGGCCAUACUGAUGGGCCUUAUCAUGUCUCUCAUUCUGCUGCUUGUCUUGGCUUAUGCCCUCCACAUGGUUGUCCACUUGAAAUCGAUAGAGCGAUACGAUGAGCAUAAAACUGUCUAUUUCCCAAAAACGCAGUCUUCAGACUCUGGCGAGAAAAGCAGCUUAUGAAUAAUAAGACAUGAGAAGUGACAGUCUUAUAAAUCUAAUAUAAUGACUCCCAGAUUCUGCUGGUUACACUGCAAAUGGGAAAGUAGAGUUCAGUGCCAGGAGAUGAUGAUGUUGGUUUUCAUUGAGAAAUCGAAAUUACCUGUCUGCCAUUCAGUCUUGGGCAGCGCUGUGGUGCACUGAGGAGUUGGCAUUGCUAACUGGCAGCGCAGUGGACGUGUCAUCUGUGGAGUUUGGGUGCCCUCUCUGUGCUUGCAUUGUUUCCAUUUCAAAGGCAGCCCGAGCUUACGAGGUUGAUUGCUGACCCACAAGCCUUAGGGAUGCGCCCUAAACAGACCAGCGCCCCACGCAGGACCAAACUCUGCCUUGUGUUUGACGCUCCAGGGAAAAAAAGGCAGAUCCAGAAACUGUGUAUUCUGGUGGGCAUAUACACUGGCAAAGCUAUCACCUCCAUUUAUCUUAAAAUAAUUAAGGUAAUGAUUCACACUUCAUAUUUUCAAUCUGAACCAAUACAAUUCUUUUUAUCUUAUUGAACCCACAAUUUUUAAGAUGAGGCAAAUCAAGUGAGUGAUUGGGCGCAAUUCACUUUUUUUAUACUGAAGUAACUUUAUUUUUUAAGUUGAAGCAAAUCAUUUAGGGUCAUUGGAUGUAAUUCACUUGUUUCAUACCUGAAGUAAAUUUAUUUUUUAAGUUGUUACAAUUUAAAAUGGUUUAUUGGUCGUGACCUGUUUUUAUGCUAUU